AUGCGGAAGCAGUAUUCGACAUACGAAAAAAUAGUUGAGUCGUACCUGGAGAGAAAGGACGGCGAGCGCAUUGUUCUGGGCAUGGGAAGCGGCAGAACAGCCACUAGGCUGCUUGAUGCGUGUGCACACAUUGGUAGAAACAGAGAGGGUGUUGUGUUUGCAGGCACCAGCACAGAAACUGAGAUGGCUCUUCAGAGACACGGUGUUGCAACGGCAAGCAUGCAAACCACAGAGCACAUUGACCUGUACUUUGACGGGGCUGACUAUGUUGAUGCCAACGGCUGGAUGAUAAAAGGGUACGGCGGGGCAAUUCUCCAGGAAAAAAUCGCGAUGUGCAUAUCCUCUCUUUGCGUAAUCGUAGUUCCCUUUUCGAAAUGCGUGCCAAGCUUUGCCAAUCUCUAUGUUCCUGUGGAAAUAGUGAAGCCGUCUCUUUCCUUGUUCAAGAGCCACUUAGAAAAAAACAGAUGUGCGUACAAGAUAAGACACAGCGAGUCUAACGUGUAUGUUACCUACCUAGGAAAUAUGAUAAUUGAUGUCCUCUACCAAGAAAACCUUCUUGCGCUCCUUGAUGUGCCUGGAGUAGUUGCACACGGCCUCAUACCUCCUGAUAAGAAAAUAGAAAUCGCUAUUAUUGAGAAUCCUCUUUAUUAA